AAUAGCGCACCAACCUCCAUCGUCCUCCUCGAUCUCGACCGAUACUACCCGCCGCUCUCGUCGGGGACGCAGUCUACUUCGAUGGUGAGUUUGCAAUCCUCUUGUGGAUUGUGGUACGACCUAGGCGGGCAGGGCCUGUCGCCAACUCGACUGCCACGGCGGCCCCUUCCUCGUGGCCUUCGUUGGCACCACCUCGGACGGGCUCAUGUCCUCCUGCGUAUACUCGUCGGAGGCCGCCGCCUGGAGCGACACGACCUCCGUUGAGAACUCCGACAAUUUCAUCGUCGACAUGAUGCCCGCCGCCCUCGUGGGGAACACGCUCUACUUCAACUCUCAACAGAGCCGAGGGAGAAUCGUGGAGUAUGACUUUGGCGCGCCGCGACGACUAUCGUUCAUCAACCCGCCGUCGUUCAGGUACCUCCUCGGCACUGUCCUAAGUCCGUACCUCGGCGGCACUGUCCUCAUGCCCUCGGAGGGCGGCGGGCUGGGGUUCGCCAGCAUGCACAGAUCCUGCCUCCACCUGUGGGCAAGGGAGGCCGGCCCCAACGGAACCGCGGCAUGGGCGCAACAAGGAUACAUUGAGCUCGCGACACUGCUCCCAGAGCAUGCCCUCCGGCGCGCUGAUGCGGUUGGCUUCGUGGAGGGUCUCGGUGUCAUUUUCGUCAGUACAGAUGAUGGCGUCUUCAUAAUUGAGCUCAAGUCACACCGAGUAGGGAAGGUGUCGAGCUGGGGAAGCAUCUACGCUGCCAUUCCUUACAUGAGCUUCUAUACUCCAGAUCUUCUUAUGGGCUGAUCGGCACUUUCAUAAAACGCAGGGAUUCAUUCAUCAGCAAGAACCUUGUGCUGUUGGCUUCUGGCAGAGCUGAUGCUUUAGUUUCUU